CACGUCCAGUUUGGCGUGCUUUACGUGAUGACGUUGAGUUGUGUUUUGACUUGUCACUGCGCGCCAUCAUUCUCAGUGGCAGAAAAGGGAAAGCAGAAUAAGGAUUGUUGUCCCACUUAACACAGGCUCAUCUCCGUCAUGGCUUUGAGAAGCGCUGUGUGCCGUCUCUUGUUCAACCCUCACAGAUGUGCCAUCAUCGCAGCUUCCAGGGCACAAGGAACUGCAGCAGCUGCCAGUUGGGAUGCAGAGAAGACUGAGCAGAAGUCUAAAGCACCAAAGGUUCAGUUCAACUGGCGUGAUGCCCUGGACCUGGAGGGCCAGCUGACGGAGGAGGAGAUCAUGAUCAGAGACUCCUUCCGGACUUACUGCCAAGAGAAACUCAUGCCUCGCAUCGUUAUGGCAAACCGAAAUGAAGUGUUCCACAGAGAAAUUGUGUCCGAGAUGGGAGAGAUGGGUGUGCUGGGCCCGACCAUUAAAGGUUUUGGCUGUGCUGGGACGAGCUAUGUGGCUUAUGGUUUGAUCGCCAGAGAAGUAGAGAGAGUGGACAGCGGCUAUCGCUCAGUCAUGAGUGUGCAGUCGUCACUGGUCAUGCACCCCAUUAAUGCAUAUGGCACAGAGGAGCAGAAACAGAAAUAUCUCCCCAAACUGGCUCGGGGAGAGAUCCUGGGUUGCUUUGGCUUGACGGAGCCUAACCAUGGCAGUGACCCAAGCGGCAUGGAAACCAGAGCCAAGUUUAAUCCAUCCAGUCGCACCUACACGGUCACUGGCUCAAAGACCUGGAUCACCAACUCCCCAGUGGCAGAUAUUGCUAUAGUUUGGGCCAAAUGUGACGAUGGGAAGGUGCGCGGCUUCAUCUUGGAGCGUGGCAUGAAGGGCCUCUCGACGCCUAAGAUUGAGGGAAAGUUCUCCCUGAGAGCUUCGGCCACCGGAAUGAUCGUCAUGGACGAGGUGGAGGUUCCUGAGGAGAACCUGCUGCCUAACGUCUCCGGCCCUCGCGGGUCCUUUUGGCUGCUUGAACAACGCUCGUUACGGUAUUGCGUGGGGCGCUCUGGGUGCUGCAGAGUUCUGUUUCCAUGCAGCUCGACAGUACACGCUGGACAGAUUCCAGUUUGGCGUGCCACUAGCAAGGAAUCAGCUGAUGCAGAAGAAAAUGGCCGACAUGCUGACAGAGAUCACCAUCGGCCUCCAGUCCUGUCUGCAGCUGGGGAGACUAAUCGAUGCUAAAAGGUAAAGA